AAAUUCCAACCUCCGAUACAGUCGCUUCAUCCAAAGAAAAUUGUGGUGUGAUAAUUAUUCAAUCAAACAGAAAAUUCUACGGUAUUCCCAAAUUUCCUCUUACGCCUCUUUUUCCCUCUUUGGCAAUGGCUCUUCUCCUUCGCGUUCUCUGCUAAAUCCUCCCCACGUAUUCAGUGUAUUUAACAAUGGAUGAUCCAGGCGGCGGCAAGUUGACUGGAAUCCGACAGAUCGUUAGACUAAAGGAAAUCAUUCAAAAAUGGCAAACUGCCACAUUAGGCUCAAGGCCUCCCCACUCCGGAGACUGCCCUGGGGGACCGUUGAACAAAAGGCUAACAAACGUUUUGUAUUGUGAUUCCGAUGAGGAAAGUUGUGCCAGUCCCGAACCACCGCCUGAUGUUCCGAAGGGAUAUUUGGCAGUUUACGUCGGUCCAGAGCUUCGGAGGUUUAUCAUCCCAACGACCUACCUUACUCAUCCCGUCUUCAAGAUUUUGCUGGAAAAAGCUAAGGAGGAAUUCGGGUACGAUCACAACGGUGGACUCACGCUCCCUUGCGAGAUCGAGACCUUCAAGUAUCUCCUCAAGUGCAUAGAGAACCAUCCUAAGGGUUACCUUGUGGAGAGCUCUGUUUCCGAACAGAUGAAGAUCCAUUAAGUAAUUGUUUGUGCUGGUCUUAAUUGUUAUCAAGAACUUGGGGUUUUCUUACGUCUUCUGUUCUUUCUGUUUAAUUGACAAACGAUGUGAAACAAAUUUAGUUA